CAAUAUCCUGACCCCGCACCCUAACACCUGAGCUAAAACAGUGUUCCUCUGUAGCCUUUGCCUACUUAUCCCCUACCCUUUGUGCAAGAGCUUUCUUACUCUCGCAUACCUGUUAGACUCGGUAUCUUACCGCCAUGCAGUUCAUCCUCUUCCGCACGACGUUCAUCACCGUCGCCUCGAUUACCGUCCUUCUGGCUGGUCUCUUCUCUCCUGUGUUCGCAGCACCCCAGUUUGGCCGACCUUUGAUCCACGCGCUCAAUCAAGAGGUUUCGGCCGGCAUGGACGCAAUCUCCCAGAUCAAUGCAUACUCAUCCACCGCCUUCCCUCCUUCCGCCACUGCAAGUGCGAAUGCGAAUACGGCCGCGGAUGGUAGCGCGACGCCAAGCGACUCCGGCGGCCCUGGCACGAACGCAGCUUCUAACGGCGCGCUGAGGCUAGGCGGUCCGACAACCAUCAUGCUCGCUUCGGUUGUUGGAAGCGCGGUUUACCUCGUGCUCUGACCGCACCCCAUUUUCAUCCGUACAUCUGCUUCCUUCGUCUAUCCCCUUCGAGGACCUUGUUUGUGACCGGAUUUACCCCCUUCCUAUUCCCCUCUUCCAAGUCGAGUUGUCGCUGUUGUUUCCUAGAUAAGCCCCAUAUAUACCAUCUCAUACUAUCAAACAUUUGUAGCCAUACAGUCAUUUCUGAUCUCGCUCGCUCGAUACCUUACGCUGUACUCUUGUACACUAACUAAAGUCUCAUGAAACAACAGUGAAUUUCCCAUCGAUGAGCUUCACUCUAAAUGCCAUCUCGUAGCUAGAGUCCCUUGUGAUGGUGGCUCAAAGAUACAUUGACAUGUACUCCGAUAUAUAUACUGACACAAUGCUCGGACUGUGCUCUACGCCAUGUUGAUAUGUCGAUAUAUCACCGGUGUACUGACGGACACCACCCUUGUAGUUGCGGAUCUAGGGUUCGUUCAGUUGAUUGUUCUCAUACAGAAAGGAAC